AGUGCAAAUUCAGCGACUCUUGUAACAUUGUGACUCGUGUUAAAUUGUAAAAACCGCGUGGUGACAUGAUGGCUGACGCAACACGUACAAAUUUGCUGAAACAAUUGGAAGAUAUUGUAGAAAAAUUAAAAUCUACUGAAGCAGAUAGUGAAAAGGUGAUUUUAUAUUAACCAUAAAAUAUAAUUGAUCGUGUGCUAAAUAUUUUUUCAGUUGGCUUCUAAAUUUGCUAUUCCAUUUUAUCAGUGUAAAAUGUACUUGAUUCUAUGACUUAAUUUUUCUCUGUGUGUCGAUGAAUACGUGACACGUUGUCGAAAAAUUUUUUGUUCAUCUUAUUUUACCAUUGUUUUUUUUUUUAAACUGUUAUGUGAAAAUAGAGCGUGAAAUUAGUAAAUAUAUUAAAUUCAUUAUUAAGCUACUCGAAUAACUGUAUUUUUUUUUUUGGUGCUUAAUUUUUAUUAUCCGGGAAAUUUAUCAUGCUCCGGUUGAGACAUUUAAACUCCUUUGUUGCAAUUUGUAAAAAUCGCAGCUUGGUGAAUGUUGCCGCAUCGCAGGUUGCUGAGGAACUUGCUGCAUUAUUAAAACAAAAAGCAGCACUGUCACCUGAGAAUGAAUCUGCAUCUCAAAAAUUAACUCUCAAAACACCAAAAGGAACAAAAGAUUAUGGUCCAAAACAAACAGCAUUUCGUCAAAAUGUAUUGGAUAAAAUAAGAUCUGUUUUUGAACUUCAUGGUGCUGAGACAAUAGAUACUCCAAUUUUUGAACUUAAAGAAAUUUUAACUGGAAAAUAUGGUGAAGAUACAAAAUUGAUUUAUGAUCUUAAAGAUCAAGGUGGUGAAAUUUUGGCUCUCAGAUAUGACUUGACAGUACCAUUUGCACGUUACUUGGCAAUGAGUAAAAUAGCAAGUAUGAAAAGAUAUCAAAUUGGAAAGGUUUAUCGAAGAGAUAAUCCAUCAAUGACAAAAGGUCGUUAUCGUGAAUUUUAUCAGUGUGAUUUUGAUAUAGCUGGUCAAUGUGAUCCAAUGCUUCCUGAUGCAGAAUGUGUAAAAAUAGUCGUUGAAAUUCUUAAUAAACUUGAAAUUGGUUCUUUUACUGUAAAAAUAAAUCAUCGUUGUCUUUUGGAUGGAAUAUUUGCUGCAUGUGGAGUACCUGAAGAAAAAUUUCGUACUGUUUGCUCAUCUGUUGAUAAAUUAGACAAGACUCCUUGGGAAGAAGUUCGUAAAGAAAUUAUUGAACAAAAACAGUUGGAUCCAGAUGUUGCUGAUAAAAUUGGAAGUUAUGUAUCUAAAAGAGGAAAUGAUGAUUUAAUUACUGAGCUACAACAAGAUGAAGUUUUGAUGAAAGAAUCAUCAGCAAAACAGGGAUUAGAUGCAUUGAAAUUAUUAUUUGAAUAUUGCAAGAUAUAUAAAGUAGCUGAUAAAAUUGAAAUUGAUCUGGGUUUAGCACGAGGACUUGAUUAUUAUACAGGAGUUAUUUACGAAGCUGUUUUGUCAAACAGUGAAGUUGGAAGUGUUGCUGGUGGUGGAAGAUACGACAACCUGGUUGGUAUGUUUGAUGUAAAGAAAAAAAAUGUACCUUGUGUUGGUGUUUCUAUUGGUGUCGAGAGAAUUUUCAGUGUCUUGGAAAAUCAAUCAGCUAAUCGUGGAGAAAAAUUGAGAACAACAAAAGUUCAAGUUUUUGUUGCAACAGCCCAAAAAGAUCUUCAUAGAGAAAGAAUGCAAAUCUUGGCAGAUUUGUGGCAAGCUGGAAUUGGAGCUGAACAAUUUAAUAAAUUAAAUGCUAAGCUACUUAAACAAUUGCAACAUUGUGAAGAAUCUGGUAUUCCUUUGGCUAUUAUUGUUGGUGAAAGUGAACUUGCUCGAGGUGAAGUGAAACUAAGAGAAGUUGAUACACGAACAGAACGAUUAGUAUCUAAAGAAAAAAUUGUCGAAGAAAUACAGAACUGGAUCAGCAGCCAACAAUGAUAUUGAUUUUAUUAGGUUUUUAGUUUUCUAUCAAUUUAAAAUAUUAAAAUCAGCAUUUAGUUAAAUUAUUCUACAUAAAUUAUACUGCCACUGUAAUAUUGAUACAUAAAUAAAUAUUAAAUUGAUAAUAAUUAUAUCUUUUUCACUGGAGUUUUGUAAACGUGGUACUAUAUUAAAUAAAAAUUGUACAAGCUGUGAUUUACUUGUACCACGAUCACCACGAAAUAUUUAUAUUGACGUUGUAUUAUAAAAUAAGAUAAACGUUAUAAUAUAAUUCAAUUCAUUUUGAGGGCAAAUGAUGACCUUUACUCUCUUUUUAUUCAUGUAGCCUAAAAUAAAAAAUCAAUAAAAUAAUUUAAUAAAACAAAAAAAAAACA